AUGGCGAAUGAUUGGAAAGAAUAUCUCACGUUACGUGAGCUUGGCGUGAGGUCGCGAUCUGCCCCCCCUCCAGAUUAUAUUGAUGUUCACUGGUGGCCUCCGGACUUGAACUGGAUGAAAGUAAAUACGGAUGGCUCGGCGUUGGGGGCGCCGGGAAGGAUUUUUGCCGGGGACGUUUUUCGAGAUCACCAAGCUGAGGUUCGUGGAUGUUUUCAUGUGAAGGGGGGCUCGGGCUUUGCGCUGGAGGAAGAGCUGCUGGCGGUGAUCAAAGCCAUUGCCAUUGCGGAGAGCCGCGGGUGGCGCAAACUUUGGUUGGAAUCGGACUCUACGUAUGUUGUAGAGCUGCUUCGAAAGAAAUUGAUGGAGGUGCCUUGGAGAUUUCUGACUAGUUGGAAGGCGACGAUUGCCUUCCUCAACAAUUUCGAGCUUCGUGUUUCUCACAUUUACAGGGAGGGCAAUGCGGCGGCGGAUAUCAUGGCUCACAACUCGCGUCACGAGGGUUGGUAG